AUGAGGACAAACAUGCAAGAAGAAUGGCUCCAUGAAAGAGUGCGGACGUAUGUACCAAUCUCGAGGCUCUCUCUCUUUGGCAAACCAACGGUGUUCAUUCAUGGACAAGCAAUGAACAAGCUUAUAUUCUCUGGAGACAGCAGCGAGAUGGCCAACAAACAAACAGCAUCCAUCUGCGCGAUUCUGGGAGACCGAAAUCUGAUGGAACUCAGGGGCCAAGAUCACAAAUGCGUGAGAGAUUCUCUGAAGCAGCAGGUGGGGAAAAUGGAUGAAGAAGUCAGAAAGCACAUCGAGUUGCACUGGCAGGGCAAGGAAAAAGUUGCGGCAUUGCCCCUGAUGAAAAACCUUACAUUCAACAUUAUAUGCUCUCUUCUCUUUGGUAUGGAGGAAAGAGCAGAAAGAGAUAAAUUCUUGCAAAAUUUUCAAGAAAUUAUAGAGGGAGUGUGGUUGAUACCAGUAAAGCUGCCAUUCACGUGCUAUAGUAGGAGCCUCCAUGCAAGCUCCAGGGUCCAAGGUCUGUUGAAGGAACUUGUACAAGAGAAGAAAGAGAAACUAGACAGCGCACUGCCACUCCUCAUCAAGAAUUGA